CGACGAGGACUCCGAGCCCGAGCGGGAGCGAAGAAUGGCCGAGUGGAUUCUGAGGACCGGAGGAGCCGCCACUGCCCAUACCUGGAUACCAUUAACAGGUCAGAGUGUGCUGGACUUCGACUUUGAGAAACUGUGUUCUAUCUCCCUCUCACAUAUCAAUGCUUACGCCUGUCUGGUGUGUGGCAAAUACUUUCAAGGCCGGGGUUUGAAGUCUCAUGCCUACAUUCACAGCGUCCAGUUCAGCCACCAUGUCUUCCUCAACCUCCACACCCUCAAGUUUUAUUGCCUUCCAGACAACUAUGAGAUCAUCGAUUCCUCACUGGAGGACAUCACAUAUGUGUUGAAGCCCACUUUCACAAAGCAACAGAUUGCAAACUUGGACAAGCAAGCCAAAUUGUCCCGGGCAUACGAUGGUACCACUUACCUGCCGGGUAUCGUGGGACUGAAUAACAUAAAGGCCAAUGACUAUGCCAACGCUGUCCUUCAGGCUCUAUCCAACGUUCCUCCUCUCCGGAACUACUUCCUAGAGGAAGACAAUUACAAGAACAUCAAACGUCCUCCAGGGGAUAUCAUGUUCUUAUUGGUCCAGCGUUUUGGAGAGCUGAUGAGAAAACUCUGGAACCCUCGAAAUUUCAAGGCACAUGUUUCUCCUCAUGAAAUGCUGCAGGCUGUUGUCCUUUGCAGUAAGAAGACUUUUCAGAUCACCAAACAAGGGGAUGGAGUCGACUUUCUGUCUUGGUUUCUGAAUGCUCUGCACUCAGCUCUGGGGGGCACAAAGAAGAAAAAGAAGACUAUUGUGACUGAUGUUUUCCAGGGAUCCAUGAGGAUCUUCACAAAAAAACUCCCCCACCCUGAUCUGCCAGCGGAAGAAAAGGAGCAGCUGCUCCACAAUGAUGAGUACCAGGAAACGAUGGUAGAGUCCACUUUCAUGUACCUGACGCUGGACCUUCCUACUGCACCCCUCUACAAGGAUGAGAAGGAGCAGCUUAUCAUCCCCCAGGUGCCGCUCUUCAACAUCCUGGCCAAGUUCAAUGGCAUCACUGAGAAGGAAUACAAGACGUACAAGGAGAACUUUCUGAAGCGUUUCCAGCUCACCAAGCUGCCUCCAUAUCUCAUCUUUUGUAUAAAGAGAUUCACUAAGAACAACUUCUUUGUUGAGAAGAAUCCCACUAUUGUCAACUUCCCGAUUACAAAUGUGGAUCUGCGAGAAUACUUAUCUGAAGAAGUUCAAGCAGUACACAAGAAUACCACCUAUGACCUCAUUGCCAACAUUGUACAUGAUGGCAAGCCCUCUGAGGGCUCCUACCGGAUCCAUGUGCUCCAUCACGGAACUGGCAAAUGGUAUGAAUUACAAGACCUCCAGGUGACUGACAUCCUUCCCCAGAUGAUCACGCUGUCGGAGGCUUACAUUCAGAUUUGGAAGAGGCGCGAUAAUGAUGAAACCAACCAGCAGGGUGCUUGAAGGUGGCCUUUGCUCCUGAGGGCUUUGGCUGAGGACAGUAAUGUGAAUCCUGAAGCUGGGGCCUGCCGGCAGGUGUCCUAAUCCAGCCCGGUUUGUGCGGAUUCUGGCCACACCAGAGCGUCAGAGGAGCCCACUUGCCUGGGAUGGACCUGCCCUGUCCCCCAGCUGUUCUUUUCUCCUGCUCAUUGAAUUCCUUCUAGCUUCAGCAGGGCAGAACUUUUUCAAAUAUAUGUAACUUAUUUCUGAGUAGCUGAAGGACAGAUUUCUUCCAAACAUCAAGUCUCAGGAUUCUAGGAAUAAGCACGAAGCUAAUGACAUCCUACGUCUGGUAUAGGUAGAUGAUUUUGCUAUGGUUCUCCUCAUUUCCUGAUGUGUUUUUUGGAACGGAUUAAAUAUCUUCCUGUUUUUAAACCAG